CUGCUCCGUUCAUUCUUCCUGCCAGGCGUGAACUCCAGAGUUAUUGGCUAGCGUCUACACCUCGUGGCCUGCACUGAUCCAACCAGAUUGCCCACCCGCCCAGAAAAGUCCGAUCUGCUGCUGCUCGAAUCCGCAACCAAUAAGCAGACACCAGACACAGCGAACCCUCCCAUAUUCACCAGCCGUCUUCUGCCCGGCCAUUCCUCCGUUAUUUCCAGCUGCCUCCAUCAUGUUUUGAUCCCAGUCCUGGACCACCCCCGACUGAUCCUACAUUGUACGUGAGAUUGUUCGACUUCUACUAGCCUCCCAAACACCGACAUUUCCGCCCAGCAUACCCUAAUUCCCCGACAUGUCCGACCCGUCUCUAUCAUUGCCGCCUUCCAACCCCCUCCGCACCCUCUCUGCCGCCUUGGACACCUCGCAGUCCUCCAACCGUGGCAAAGACGAAAAGCCGUCGUUCAACUACGACUUGGAGGUCUUCAACCAGUGCAAGAACGCCAGACAGAAAGGUGUCCCCCCUUUUUUGCGGUUCAAAAUCUGGCCCUUGUUGUUGAAAUACCAUCCAUUUGUAUUGAAUCCGUUCAUCCAACCAGACAACGACUUGGAAGCUGACGACGAGGAGUCCUCCAGCUCCAAGGAGGGUGACUCUAGCUCCAAGGACGCUGGAGGCCCCGAAACCCCAAAAUUGUCCCGAACUGAGGACAUCAAGGCUCGCAUCAAAAAGGACCUCAAAAAGUACAUCCAGAGACUCAAGUACUCGGCGUCGUUCAACUUGUCGCCCACCGAGCUCAAGAUCUUCGAGAUCUUGGAGGCGUCGAUCCUCAAAUUCUCGCUCAAAUGGGGCAAAAUCAUCAAGUACGACCAGUCAUUGACUUGGAUAGCGUUGAACUUGGCCGAGUGGUUUCCUCCUAUCCAGAACACCCCCUGGGUGUUGGUGGGAAGAGACAACACGUCUUUGGACAACUCAUUCAUCGUCAAUUUCAUGGACGACUACUCCAACUACAUCGACAACAUCCCUGACUUGAAGGAGUACCUCGAAGGAAUCAUCAACGACACUUCGUUCGUCAACUUGACUUUCCACGACGUCUACGAGCGGUUGGUGUUGGUGUUGUUGCACUCGCCUGAAGAGAGAAACAGAAAGGACCCUUCCAAGCAGUCCAGCUCUAGCUCUGCCUCGUCCAGAUCCUCGUCCUCAGUGUCCCGGGGCAUACUAUCCCCACCAAAAAAAUUGAACAAGACCGUCUUGCCCAUCUCGGGAGGAACCAUCGAAGAGAGAGUGUCGUUCUUCAUCUACUGCUUGAGAAAGGUGCUCCCCGAAUUGUCUGAUUAUUUCCACGAGGAACAGAUUUUGAACAAGUUCGGCAGCCACGAUGACGAGUGGUUGAUUUGGUGGUUGAACUACUGCGGAUCCAAGGUGUGGUCCAAGUAUGAUCGUGGAAGAAUCUGGGAUUCUCUCCUCGGCUGGANAUUGAAGAAUCCAAGGAAAGACAUGGCAUACUACUUGGAAAAAUUGGAUAUCGAUUCCAAGGAUGUCAGCAACAAGUUUCUUUCGAAAUUGGGUCCAGAUAUCUUCUGGUCCUUGAGUGCCCAUGACGACUUUGGCAGAUCUCUUCCCGCAGUCCAAUCCGAAGACGAAACCAACGAGGAAGUUAAAAGAAGAAACUCUUUCAAGGACUUGGUGGAAGAGCUCAGCAACCAGUCAUCAUCCAAUCUGUCUGGCGAGCCGUCGCGGAGACCCUCUGAAAGCUUACUUGCCCAAGAUAAACCGGGGUCCUUGUUGGAAGUGACUAUUCCGUUCUCGCAACUCGACGCCCAUGUCGAACUCAUCUUCAUAUCUUUAGCAUUCUUGAAGUCCAAGGAAAACAUCUUGGUGGAAUUGGACCAACAUGAGAUCAGACAAUACCUCUCAAGGUUGCCCACCAAGUCGUACAAGUACAAGCAAAAGAAGUAUUCCGACUUGAACAACAAGCAAUCGGAAACCACAACACCCACAUCCCUUUCAAUUCCCUCUUCUCCAUCUUCAACCUCGCCAUCCCCCAUAGCUACCGAUGCGUUUUCUUCCACCACCUCGACUUCCACAUUGUCUUCGCCACUGCAAGUUGAUGAACACAACGAGGAUAGCAUUAUUAUAUCCAAUGACUCUGUGUUCAAUCACAAGGUGGAUUUCAUGGAUAAUAUCAUCAACGAAGCCGGUGAGUUGUGGAGAAAGUGGUUAUGGCUGGAAAUGAUCGAGGACAAUUAG